UAUUGAUAGCUUUUGCUGGAAUCAUGAAGCUAGCCAGCACCCUGGCGGGACUGCUGCUCCCCCUCAUAUCGACCGUCUCAGCAGCGGACGUCGAUGCCUGGAAAUCUCGCAACAUCUACUUCGCCCUGACGGAUCGUGUUGCUCGUGGGAGCGACGAUACAGGUGGUGAUGCCUGCGAUGAUCUCAGCACCUACUGCGGCGGAACUUUCAAAGGGUUAGAGGGCAAGCUCGACUACAUCAAGGGAAUGGGCUUUGAUGCGAUCUGGAUCACUCCCGUUGUUGCUAAUCAUGACGGCGGGUAUCACGGAUACUGGGCAAAGGAUCUGUACAGCAUCAACGAGAACUAUGGCACCGCGGACGAUCUCAAAAGCCUAGUCAGUGCUGCUCAUGAAAAGGGCAUAUAUAUUAUGGCAGACGUGGUCGCUAACCACAUGGGAAGCCCCAUCAGCGACAACCAACCUGAGUCUCUGAGCCAGGAGAGCGCAUACCAUUCCGCUUGUACGAUCGACUACUCAAGUCAGGAGAGCAUAGAAACCUGCCGCAUCGCAGAUGAUCUGCCCGAUGUCAAUACGGAGAGCGAGGAGAUCCGCACUCUCUUCAAGGAAUGGAUCACCUGGCUCGUGAAAGAAUACGAAUUUGACGGCCUGCGCAUCGAUACCGUCAAGCAUGUCGAGAAGGACUUCUGGUCCGACUUCUCGUCCGCUGCUGGGGUCUACACCAUUGGCGAAGUUUUCGACGGCGACCCAGAUUACCUCGCCGGAUACGCAAACACCAUGGACGGUCUGCUUAACUACGCAGUCUACUACCCCGUGAACAACUUCUACCAGCAGGCCGGUUCUGCACAGGAUAUCGUCGACAUGCAUGACAAGAUCGAUAGCUCCUUCCCCGAUCCAAGCGCCCUCGGCACAUUCAUAGACAACCACGACAAUGCACGCUGGCUGAGUAAUAAGGACGACAAGUCUCUCCUGAAGAACGCACUCGCCUAUGUGAUUCUCGCCAGGGGAAUUCCCAUCGUCUACUACGGGACAGAACAGGGCUACGCGGGUGGCAAUGAUCCCGAGAACCGCGAAGACCUCUGGCGCAGCAACUUCGAUACCGAUGCCGACCUGUACAAGGCAAUCUCCCUACUCUCAGCAGCCCGAUCAGCUGCUGGCGGGCUCGGGGACAAUGACCAUGUCCAUCUGCACGUUGCGGAAUCGGCAUAUGCGUGGAGCAGAGCAGAGGGAAAACUCGUUGUUGUCACGUCCAACAGUGGAUCUGGGUCCGAGAAUGAGAUCUGCUUCGACUCCAAGACGCCCAACGGGUCCUGGGAGAACAUCUUCGGAGAGGGAACUAUCAGCGCCGAUGACAGCGGACAGAUCUGUGUCUCGAUUACCAACGGCGAGCCGGCCGUCCUGGUUGCGCAGUCUUAGGAGAUUGUCUAAAUUUCUUGGACUUGAAAGCGCCUCAGCAGGAAUGAGCGGAAGAUGUUACUUAUCGAAGGGCUAUAAGCUGUAUAUACGGAUUCUUGGUAAAUAGAAAUUUUGACCUGAGACAUGUUUUA